AUGGCGGCUACUGGGAAUCUGCGGAUUGGAGAGGGGCUGCAGCUGCUGCUGUACGCUCUGUACAAGCAGGCGAGCGACGGGCCGUGCGAUGCUAAGCAGCCGGCUGUUUACAACUUUAAAGCGCGGGCGAAAUGGGACGCGUGGAAGAAGCUGGGGAGCAUGAGUCAGGACGAAGCGAUGGCGCAGUAUGUGGGGCUGGUGGAGCAGAUGAUUCCCAACCCCAACGAGGUGAGAGGCAUGGGCAGUCGCCUGCAUGCAUUGGCGAGUGCUGACGUGGAGGACACGUCAGCAGUGGAGGAGUGGAUAAAGCAACACCCCGAGGCUCUGGAGCAGAGAGACGACGAAGGCCGGACGGCGUUGCACUGGGCAGCAGACAGGGGCAAGCUGACCAUGACUCGGUGCUUGCUGGCUCAUGGCGCUGACGUCAACCAAACUGACGAUGAGGGUCAGACCCCCUUGCACUAUGCUACAGUGUGCGAGCACGAAUCAAUCGCCGACCUUUUGCUGGAGAAUGGAGCCGAUCCAUGCCACCCGGACAACGAGGGCACUCGCCCCAAGCAUAUCCGCCCGGCCUCUUGGUCUGCUCCGGCUUGGACCGGUUUGAGAUCAAUUCGUCUUCCCGACUUUCAAGCUCUCAUCACAUCCACCAGCAUGGCUGCGUCUCUCCUCGUCGCGUUGCUCCUCGCCAGCGCCAGUCUCGGCCAGCAGCGCCUUGUGGCGGCCAAACCCAACAUCGCCGAAUCCCAAGCUGAUGGGUUGGCAGUACUGCAGAUGGCGUGGGGCGAGCUGGAGCCAUCGUGGGCCGUUGGAUCGGACUGCAGCAAGGCCUUGGGAUUGUCGUGCGAUGAUCAGGGCCGGAUCGUUGCCAUCAACCUGCCAGCUGGCAACAUAUCCGGGUAUCUUCCCGAGGGGAUCAGCACACUGAAGAGCCUGCAGCAGAUAUCCCUGCCCAGCAACCAGCUCUUCAACUCCCUCCCCCUCUCUGUGUCUCUGCUCACCAACCUCACUUCCAUUGAGCUAUCCAAUAACAACAUAACGGGCUCCAUCCCUCCAGCUUGGUUUCAGCUUCGAGAUCUCAAUAUCCUAGACCUGUCUCGCAACCGCCUCACCUCCUCCCUGCCAGAUGCCUUUGACCCGCUCGCAUCUCUGCACCUGCUCAAUCUCUCGUCCAACAGCUUCUCAGGGAACCUUCCACCGUCCAUUGGCAAUCUCAACUUUCUCGAGAAGCUGGACCUCCACUCCAAUCCUUUCUCCGGCACACUCCCUGCGGCUCUAGCCCAGCUCUCCUCCCUCACGCUCCUGGACGUAUCAGCCACAGGCCUCCUCUGCCCUUUGGGGGAAGGCACCUGCCCCAGUUACACCGUCUCCAUGUCUUCCCUCUACUGCGAUAUGUGUGCCUCCUACUGCCGCUACUGCAACGACCCCAGCAUUGAUCACACCCCCCUUGCGCCAACACCAGCACCAGCACCAAACUCCCCCACAACUGGGGGAAAAUCCCCGCCACCAUCCCCUGCAUCAACCCCAGCACCAACAGCACCACCACCACUUCCCAAUCCCUCUCUCCAGUCACCACCUCCCCCUGCUACCACCCCACCGUCCACAUCUCCCCCCAGCCCCCCUCCUCCCUCUCGCUCGGCCUUUUCUGCCCACAUCCACUCUCCUCCCGCCCUAUUGUUCCGCCUUUCCCUCCUCGCCAUGGCUCUCCUGCUGCCUGUACCACUGUUGUAA